AGAGAAAGAGAGAGAGAGAGAGAGAGAGAAAAUGAAUGAAUGCGACGCGUCACAACAUGCUGUUUACGGUACACCUUCGAGCAACUCGGCGAGCCGAAUGCAAUUGGUAAGAGCCUGAAUUUCGGUCGCAUCCGUCUCAGAUUUGCAUCCGCCACGAGACGUUUCUUUUAAGUUUUUUUAACAGACGAGUGAUGAAUCACGUUUCCUUGUGCGUUUUUUGAACGAGCAAACGUUUUUUUCGUUUACGUCAGAAAAUUACACUUAAUAUAACGAAGGACGAAAUUCGAACAAAGUGGACCUGCUAAAAUGAAUUAAAUAAAUUUCGAUUUGUCCUUUUCUAUUUUUUUUUUUAAAGCUUAUUCUUCAGAAUUGAUGCUUUGUUAUUUUUUUUUAGUUGUUAAAUUUGAAUAUGACAAAUUUUCUUGGCGCGAAUCAUCGCGGCUGGAUUACCAUGCUGGAUCGCGUCGUAAUGUUCAAUAAAUUAAAGUGCUCCUCACCGAGUUCUUCCUCGCGCAGGUUACGUUCGCAUUUUGCCGCGCUCGCUUCCCGCCACGUGAGAACCGCGCGUUUGCGCGGACGGGCGGGCCUAACCUUAUCUGACGUGUUGAUGUCAGUCAGUUAUCGUCGCGGGCCACGGCGGUGCGACGCAUGGACCACCAGGACGUGAGCUCGCUCCUCGCCGAGUUGACUCCGUACAGCCGUUUUCCCCGACGUUCGAGACGCGUCAAUCGCGGAUUUGUCAAUCCCUUUAGUCUUUCCUCCGGCGUACGUACGCGACUUCUGGAUCUUUAUCUCUAAGGUGUGUCUCCGACAAUGCGCCUGGGUCUCCUUUGUUUAUUCCAGCGAAGCACGACACGCGCAGUAUAGUUGCACGAGUUUGCCGACAUGCCGAUGAGAUGAUUUAAUCCGAACAUCCUCAACAUCGAUAAACGAUGGCACAAACCAGAAUAGAUCAAUUCUAUAAAGUUACGAGUAGCAGCAAGAAACCUGAGAGUGUAAAAGGCAAGAGCAAGAGAUCGCCUAAUAUCAAACCCAGAAGCCCAGUUAUUGGUAAAACGAAAGGAAGACGAGUAUCAAAAACUCACAAAAUGAAUGAGAGAGCAGUGCAAGAUGUCUCGUUAGAAAGCAGGGUAUCUCCUUCGAUCAGAGCUAAUAGUCAGAGUAACAGUCCAUCUAAAGUUCGAGAAAAUAGAACAAUGUCGCCUACUACUGGAUAUAUUUCUCCCAUUAGAAGUCAACGCACUCCUUUUUACUCGGUACCGCACAGUGGUACAAAGUUUACCCCGAAGACGUCGUCGCCGAUAAAAAACGCGCUGGAUAGGUCACCACACGCAAAGAUGGCGCGAAGAAAAUUGUUCAGAGAUAAAACCGAGGAACUGAUAUCGGCAACGAUUAGCAAUCUAAAUUUAGCCAAAGAAAGAGCUAUCACUAACAACGAAAUCGAUCUGGAAAAAGUUUACUCCAGUGGAAAAUUCAGCUAUAAAUACAGUUCCAUAGACACCACAGUUUCGACGAGAUACGAAAUUAACGACGUGGUUAUACCUACGGAUAAGUACUCGCUGCAUUUCUUCCUAGCCAUUGUCACCGUACUCUCCAAUCCGAUCAAUUGCGGAUAUUUCGAUCAGGACGAGUUGGAUUUCGUAUUCUCGCUGAUUACCCUUUCAAGACGCGCGCAAGCGUUGCUGAUACGUAUGCUGAAAAGGAAGCACACGUGGCACAGGAUAAGCAAUAUUAAAUACGACGAAAUAUCGAACGAUCUGAAGCCCGUUUUCGACGAGCUUGUGUCGCGAUCUAUGUUUGAAAGUAACACGGAAGAAGAGAACAUAUCCGUUUUACUGAAUCUACUGCAAGCCGACGAAAUUCGCAAGCUUUGUCAGGAAUCGAAGAUCAAGCUCAGUGGAAAAAGGCAGAGUAUACAAUCAAUUCUGACGUUCUACAAGCAAUCGACGAAAUCGCUGUUCCCGGGAAUGGCGACUCCUGCCACUAAACUACGCGCGUCGGUCAACAAGCGUUUGGGGGAUUGCGUACUAUUGAGCGCCAGAGUGAAGGAAUUGGUUGACAGAAUAAUCACGCUGCUGAUACCCAAUCGAGAUCCCACCGAGACGUUGGUGGAUGUAUUCCGAACGUUAUGGAGAGUUGAGAUGGAUGAGAUAAAGUUUCCGGAAAUAACCAUAAGUGACCUCCCUAUCUUCGGCAGUAAGGGACACCUGCUAGAUUUUAUCGAGGCUAAAAAUACGCUGACUAAUAUAUUGACUGCAAUCGAGGAAAAACAAUGGGAGACCGUGCGGAAGCUUGGACUUUCGGCCGAGCAACGUUUGCCGCUCUUAUUGGAAGUGGAGUCGGAAAGUUUUCAAGAUUCUAGUCUGCCGCAUUACAUCAGGCACUUUAUGCCGGGUUACAUGUGGCUGAAAGUCUUGUCGAAGUGCAUCGACGCAUUUAAAAAGACCAAGGAAACGAUGCCGUUGGCGAUAAAAUUUUUGCGAAUGUUAAUCGAUCAGGAUUGCCAUAUGAAAUAUAGAAAAGGCCAGUGGUAUAGCGAGUUGAUCAAGAUAGAAAUGUAUCACAGGAAGGAUCUUGAAGCUAGCGUGCUAUUAUUAUCGAAAGCGAUGUCGUGUGACAGCCUGACAGAAGUCGAUAAAUUAGACCUGUUGGACAGAGCAGACAUGAUCUAUAAGAGAAAAUCCGGCAUCAGCAAAUCUGCAAAAGACACUGUCAAGUACAUGUUGGACAGCGUGUUCAGCAGGACGCGGCUUGCAAGUCCGAGUUCCAAUACGAUAAACGGAACGUUAUACGGGAAUAGUUUUGGUCCACAAAGGAAGAGCAUUUGGUGCAUCACGAACGGCGUAGACAAAGAGUACGGCUCGGUUGAAAGUUUCGCGUUAUAUCACUACAAACAGGACGGAUAUAUCAAGGGUGUACAUUGCGAGGGUGCCUUUCCAAUCACCCUGUUCGCUACGUUAUUUUGGAACGAGAUUUAUGACAUGAACGUGCCCGGCGUUUGGGUGUCGUUGUAUCAGAAUGCGCCGUUGGAUUUGUUCUCGUCGGAAUUUUACGAGAAUAGGAAAGAGCAGAUUGACAUGAGGCUUCAAAUUAUUCGAAAGUUCGAUGCGGAAACAUUGAGUAGACUCUUGCAGCGUGAAUUCGAGUUACAUUGCGAAUACAUGUCUAUUACUCAGGGCAAUAUUUUUAACGACAGUAGCAGCCUCCAGGAAGUAACGUUUUGCAUAGGAGUGGAGGGUGUUGUUGGUAUAUGCGAACGACUCAUUCAUAAUUUUACACUCUGGAAAGCUGGCUUUCCAGAUUUAAUUGUGUGGAAUGCAAAUACAAAACAGUACAAAAUCGUAGAAGUGAAGGGUCCGGGUGAUUCACUGUCAACCAAACAAAAAUUAUGGUUGGACUACUUAAAUGGGCUUGGACUGAAUACAGAAGUGUGUUAUUGUGAGUCAAACGCGAGUCAGUCUAAAGGACGUAAGCGGAAGCAUGAGGAAAUUGUGAUGUAAAGGUUUUCCACAAAAGAUUACAGAGCUAUAUAUUACACUACAUGUAUGUGUAAAAAACAUAAGAGCGUUAUAUUUUAUAUUGACGAUAUUGAGAUA